UUGAAGUUGAAGAACCCCCGUCGUCACAUCCAAGAAAAUCACACAAUCAGGAACAGUCACGGAGAAAAAUCGGAUCGAAUCGGUUCGUAGUCGCGGUCGCGGGUCGCAGUCUUGUCCCCAAAAUCAUCUCCGAAAUCAGGUGCACGAUGCACGACGACGACCAGUAGCACACAACAUUCGAAAGCAGCAUCAGCCCAGGGCAGUGAGUCACUUUUCGAGAAGAACACAAAAAUUUUGUGAAGGAAAAAAAAAUAGUUGAAUUUCAAGAACCAUGCAAAGCAAAAAACAGUAACCACGAAGAGAGAAAAAGAAAAACUCACGCUAAAAUAUUUUUGAUUGUGUGUAAAAAUAUGCCGAAAGCUGGUCCCGGCGGUGGGGCUCCUAGAAUCUGCUACAGCAGCAGCAGCAACUUCCUGUUACGGCGUUCGUGGGUUCUGGUUCUGGUGCUGGUGGGGUCAUGUGCCCUCGGCGGUGUCGCAGGUUCCGUGAUAGUGCCGCGGAACGGUAACAGCGAUGGACAGCUUGGUUGGUUGGUCACGGCGGCGGCGGUGACGCAGGGGGAGUUGGUCCCGGGAGACCAGUUACGGGUUGUAAGGUGGGCGCGGAGCGCCGAAGAUUGCUUCCAGAAGCAAGAUGGAGAGGAUGAAGAUGUGGGAAGUGGCCGUAUCCUGGCACGAAACGAUACACACUUCCAAAUGGUGCUGAAGCUUAAUCAGCAGCAGCAGCAGCAAUGGCCGUCCAUUAACGAAGAGGGGUCAGGGGAGAUGGUCGGAGGAGCGUGUGCUGGACGAGGGGGAGAAGACAUUGAUUUGUUUUUCUUGUCGAUUUCGUCAGUCGCGCGAGCAAGCAAGGAGCUUCAACGAACGCAGCGUAGUACGGCGGCGGUAGGGGAGGGAGAGGCAGUCGUGGAGGCAGCUGUAGACAGUUCUACGCCGAACCUCGUAAUAUUUGGCCUUCGCGUGGAGCACGCCUCCAAAGAGCCGCGCGUCGAUGAGGACGGCGUACCGGCCGUGCUGAGUCACGCACCCGUGACGGUCCGGCUGUUCGGCGAGGGUCUCACCGAAUCCACCGUUGUCGUGUUCACUCAGGAGCACAACGUGUACGGCGGAUCGUGCCUCGUCCCCGUUACCAACAAGUUCCGCGUGCUCAAAGGUUCCGUCAGCGAGUACAGCGCCCUCGUUCAGGUCGAACUGCCAACCCUGGUCGAGCCCCUCGGCCAGUACUUUUACGUCUGUGCCAAGUACGAAACCCACGACACUGGCGAACAACUCGCCAAAUCCGUCGAACCCUUCACCCACCAGGGCUCCAAGGACUGGAUGCGACUCUCCAGCUACGAACCCGUCCUCCCGCUCUGGGUCUCCCUCAUCAUCAUCGGCACCUGCCUCAUGUUCUCCGCGCUCUUCUCCGGCCUCAACCUGGGCCUGAUGUCGCUCGACCGGACCGACCUCAAAAUCCUCUGCAACACCGGCACCGAGCAGGAGAAGCAGUACGCCCGUGCCAUCCAACCGGUGCGCGACCACGGAAACUUCCUCCUGUGCAGCAUCCUGCUCGGGAACGUCCUCGUCAACUCGACCUUCACCAUCCUGCUGGACAGUUUGACGUCCGGCCUCGUCGCCGUCAUCUGCUCCACAAUCGCGAUCGUCAUCUUUGGUGAAAUUACCCCGCAGGCCAUCUGCUCCCGGCACGGGUUGGCCGUCGGUGCCAAGACCAUCAUGAUCACGAAGGCGGUGAUGCUGAUAACGUUCCCGCUAUCUUAUCCGACGUCCAAAGUGCUGGACGUGCUGCUCGGCGAGGAGAUUGGCAACUUCUACAACCGCGAGCGGCUGAAGGAGCUCGUGAAAGUCACGACCGACAUCAACGAUCUGGACAAGGACGAGGUGAACGUUAUCUCGGGCGUGCUGGAGCUUCGCAAGAAGACGGUGGAGGACGUGAUGACGCGCAUCGAGGACGCGUUCAUGUUGGAUUUGGACGCGGUGCUGGAUUUCGAGACGAUUACGGAGAUUAUGAAGAGUGGCUUCUCGCGGAUUCCGGUGUACGAGAACGAGCGGAACAACAUCGUGACGUUGCUGUACAUUAAGGAUUUGGCGUUUGUCGAUCCGGACGAUAACACGCAGCUGAAGACGCUGUGUGAGUUCUACCAGAAUUCGUGCCAUUUCGUGUUCGAGGACGUGACGCUCGAUGUGAUGUUUAAGCAGUUUAAGGAAGGCCACAAGGGCCACAUGGCGUUCGUGCACCGGGUGAACAACGAAGGCGAGGGCGAUCCGUUCUACGAGACGAUCGGGCUGGUCACGCUGGAGGACGUGAUCGAGGAGCUGAUCCAGGCGGAGAUUAUGGACGAGACGGACGUGUUUACCGACAAUCGUAGAAAGGUGCGUCGCGAUCGUAACAAGCGCCAGGACUUUGCCGUGUUUUCCCAGGGUCGUGGCGACCCGAACUCGCAGCGUUUGCGCAUUUCUCCCCAGCUGACGCUGGCCACCUUCCAGUAUUUGAGCACCACCGUGGAGGCAUUUAAGUCGGACUCGGUGUCCGAGACGAUUCUGCGCCGGCUGCUCAACCAGGACAUUGUGCACCACGUGAAGCACAAGGGCAAGGAUCGGAACGACCCGUCGAUGUUCAUCAUCACGCGUGGCAAGCCGGUGGACUAUUUCGUACUUAUCCUCGAGGGACGCGUCGAGGUCACCGUCGGCAAGGAGAACCUCAUGUUCGACAGCGGUCCGUUCAGCUACUUUGGCACGCAAGCCCUCGUCCAGAACAUCUGCAUCGACGUCCCGGUGGACUCCCCGCAGCAGAUCAUGGGCUCGCUGCAGUCGCUCAACAUGGACGCCAUGCUGCGGCACACGUUCAUCCCGGAUUACACCGUGAAGGCCGUCACCGAGAUGGUCUACAUCCAGAUCAAGCGCAACCUGUACCUGGCGGCCAAACGUGCCACGCUGAUGGAACGCUCCCAGCGUCUCGGGACCGACAACUCCGGCCUGGAACCGAUCGACGACGAGGUGGAAAAACUGCUUCACUCGCUGGACGACGAGGACGAUCGCAGCGUGGGCGCCGACACCGCCAACCUGCAAACCCCCAAGGCCAGCAAACCCACGAGCAACGCGCCCUCGCCCACGUUGGCCAUGCUCGGGUCCACAGAUCACCACAACGGUCCGCUCGUCGUCGGCCACGGGUCCGCGCCACCUGCCACCACCAGCACGCGCAGCAACAGCCUGGCCCCGCAGCGUACCUUCGACGACUCGGACAAACCGUUGCUUACCCGGUCCAAAUCCUAGAUUUGUACCUUGUCGUUUGUACUUCACACACACCCUUAAAGUUGAACCAAGAAUAAUGUUUGUAGUCGUAGUCGUAGUCAAAGAGAAAACACUAUUAUUAUUGUCAAAUGAUCAAAUCAAAGCUAUUAUUACCGUUUAAGAAACAAGUUAUAAUCGUUUUUUAUUACUAUUAUUUUUUCCUAUUAAGAAAAACAAAAAAACAAAC